CCGAAGUAAAAGAAAUGUAUAAAUCGCAAGGGAGCGAGGAGCAGAGCUACCGGCAGUGAGUCAAGGACAAAGUAGAUUUAAUCUUGCCUGCGACGCGAGUGCGAUUUGUGUGGCUGCGCCUACGUGUUACGAUGAAAUAGAAUAGAAUAGGUAAACUGACUGCGGACUGAGAAGAAGGGGUCGGCUUGCUUUCAGACAAGAUGAGGAGCGCAAGUAGUUUGGACCAGUACAACGACGACGACUUCUUCAGCGGUGGCCCUUGCCCUUCAUGUCGGUUAGCCAUUAACAAGGAAACCGGUCGACUCAAGUGGUGUAUGGGCGGAAACGAUACUUGGCGCUUCCGAGUGAAACUGAUGCUCUUGAUCCCAGCCGUGUUGCUGCCGAUUACUAUAAUAUUCAUCGCUCUGUCCCGGUCGCAGGUGAUCGGCAAGGCUCCUUAUCACCGUACGUAUUUGGUCCAGACGAGAAGGCAAGACGAGAGAACCGAGGAGGCUUUACCGCGUAAGUCGAUUGCCGCAGAAUCGUACAACGACACACCCGUGAAACGAACGACGAUAUUAACGACGUCCGGUUCGUUCGUUAGCGUUAGGCCUAAUGUACCAGAUGCAUGGCUCUGCUGAUUUAUCGAUUUAUCGUCCAGUGGGAAAUAAUUCGAUGAAGAUCGACGUAAAACGGUGUAGUUGAGACUUCUGUCGCGUUCAAGUCGCUACUGUAACUUGUUCCAAGGCUGCUCGCCUACAGCAACAAUAUUUAAAUUUAAUCGUUUUCCUGUCUUGUCCGUUGCGAGCGCAUCUCGGUCUAAGAUUUCAGAGAUGUACGUGUAUUGGUAAUGAACUCUCGUCACGGUAGACGAUGAAUAGUUGAAUGGUAGACUGAAUAAUAGUUGAAUAUAGGUCACGAAGGCAGGCAAACGAUUGGACUUUUGCAACAGAGUUAAGUGUCCCCAGGGUCUUGUGCGAUCUUCUACCUAAUAAAUAACAGAAACAAAAAAAAGAGAGAUUCUCUCGGAAAUAUUAUAAAAGUUUCGAGAAUAUAAAUAACAGGUAACACGAGAGAAAGGAGAAGUGUAUUAUUUGUAGAAAUUGUUAGCAGCGACCAGUCGCAGCGAGACAGAGCGGGCCGGCGAAGAAGAGGAAGAAGACAGGAUCUUAGUAGCUGGAAUGAAAACUAGCUACGUGCCGGUGGAUGCUCUACACUCGUCACGACGCAAGCGAGACCUGGACGGGGAUCAAUGGAUAGACUAUAACGUCGAAAAGGUAGACGAUCAAAAUUCCGACGAAGACCUGUACAACUACUUGGACGAUUACUACACCGAGGUGGAUGCUGACGAGGUGAAAGAGAACUCUGAAAUAAUACAAAGCAACGACUAUCAAGAAUACGGCGAGCACACUCGCGACACGCGUAAGAAGGACGAGGAACUCCGCUCGAAGUACGACAACAUCGAGGAACGAUCUCAGGACGAGUCGGACGAGGGUGAACAAGGCGGAAGACACUCGAUCUCCAUCGACGACACGGACACCAGUUUGCCAAUUGCCGAGGACGAACGCGACGACGACGCUGGCGCCGAUUUCCACGCGUUCUGGAAAGGCGAGGGGAACGCGCGGGCCAUCAGAGAGGCUCAAGAAACAGAUAUUCGCCGCAGCAAAAAUCAUGCUCAAGUACAUGGACAGGAGCGCUGAUCCUUGCGAGGACUUCUAUCAGUUCGCUUGUGGCAAUUGGGCGAGGCACAACCCUAUCCCGAAGGACAAGGCUGCAUACGACACGUUUGAAAUGAUCAGGGAAUCGUUGGACUCUGUGCUGAAAGAGCUUCUCGAAGAUCCUAUACCCAGGCGGUUGCAAUUGAACGCCGACGACGCGACAGUCAAGGCCAAAUAUCUGUUCCACAGUUGCAUGAACUACGAGAUCUUGGAGCAACGCAUGGAACGACCGCUCAUACAGCUUCUGGACGAGCUCGGUGGAUGGCCUAUAUUGAGACCCGAUUGGGACCCAGAGAAGUUUGACUGGCUCCUUCUUGUUGCGCAACUGAGGCUUUAUAACAAUGAUAUUCUUAUCUCGGAGUGGGUCGCGCCGGACAUCAAGAACAGCGAUCAGUACGUCAUACAGUUUGAUCAGACAUCGCUGGGCCUACCAACGAGAGACUACUUUCUCCAGCCGUCGAACACGAUUUAUCUAAAGGCUUACAAGAAUUACUUGAUAAAGAUUUCCACCUUGCUGGGCGCGUCCCUACGAAAUGCCACCACAGACGCUGACGAACUGAUAGAAUUCGAAACGAAACUCGCCAAGAUCACGUCUUCCCCCGACGAGAGAAGAAACGUAUCGGAACUAUAUCAAAGAAUGAGCAUCGGGAAGCUAAGGACUCUGGUGCCACAAAUCAAUUGGCACCGAUAUUUAACGAUCGUUCUGGCACGACCGACGAACGUCUCCGAGCCGGUCGUUGUCUACGCGUUGCAGUAUAUCCAAGAUUUGGUGAACUUGCUCUCGAAAACUAGCCCACGGACUAUCGCGAAUUACCUUCUCUGGCGAUUCGUCAGGCACAGAGUGAACAACCUGGACGAUCGGUUUCAAGAAGCCAAGCAAAAGUUUUAUUACAUUCUGUUUGGAAGAGAGCAAGCACCCUCCAGAUGGAAGAAUUGUGUGGCGCAAGUGAACUCCAACAUGGGCAUGGCUGUCGGCUCCAUGUUCGUGAAGAAGUAUUUCGACGAGAAAAGCAAAAACGACACAUUGGCGAUGACCCGCGAGAUACAACGAUCCUUCAGGGAGCUUUUGAAUCAAACAAUCUGGAUCGACGACGAAACGAAAGAACUGGCUACGGAGAAAGUGAACGCGAUACUGUUAAGGAUCGGCUAUCCCGAUUUCAUUCUACAAUCUGAACUGCUGAACGAACGUUACAAGGAUGUCGUAAUCCACCCAGACAAGUACUUUGAGAACACGUUGAACAUCCUGCAACACUUGACCAGGGUAGAGCAGGAUCGGCUUGGCAGCCCUGUUAACAAGACUCUUUGGAACACUGCGCCUGCAGUGGUCAAUGCUUAUUAUAGUCGCAGCAAGAACAGGAUAAGUCAGUAUCGUUUCCUUCAUGUCGGACUAAACUAA